AUGGCUGACGCGGCUGGCGAGAAUAACGGAGUGGACGAGGACAGGGACAACAAACCAGAGUCUGUUGCCUCUCCUGCACCCGCUCCGUCUGCCACUGCUGCCCUUUUGGCAGCAGCGAGCACUGACGAUGGCACGGCCUCGCCGCAAGGCAGCGCCACGCCCGGUCCUGGUACACCGAGCGUCAUUAUGGCACCUGGUACGCCCGAUUCUGGAUCAGCUGGUGGAACCCCUCGAACAGGGCGCAUGACCAACCAGCUGCAAUACAUCAGCAAAGUUAUCCUUCCCACCCUCAACAAGCACCCUAGCGCCUGGCCAUUCAAAAAACCCGUCGACUGGAAAAAAUUGGGCCUUUUGUCCUAUCCUGAAAUCAUUGCAAACCCCAUGGACCUCGGCACCAUCCGCAACAAGCUUCGCAAAAAGGAGUACUUUAGCGGUCGCGAGUGCCUUGACGACAUUGAAUUGGUCUGGCACAAUUGUCAAACAUUCAACCGACCUUCAGACGACGUUUAUAUCAUGUCACAAGCGUUGGAGAGCGACUACAAGCAAAUGCUGGCCAAUCUCCCCGAGCCUGAGGUGCCCUUGGAUCGCCCUUCGGCCAAAGCCAAGUCGGCCCAAGCCAUCAAGGCGGCUCCAGCUCUUAUAGUGCCAUCGCUCCCCACGCAUCGACGCCAGUCAUCACGUGUCAUCCGCGCACCCAAGGACGGGCUUUUGGCAGCGUCGAGCCGCUUGCCUGCCCACAUGCGUGUCUGCUACGACAUCAUCAAGGACCUGUUUGGCAAGAAGCAUCAGGCCUACGCGUGGCCUUUUUAUGAGCCCGUGGACAUUGUCAAGCUCAACAUUCCUGAUUACUAUGAUGUGAUCAAGCAGCCCAUGGACCUUGGCACGGUUCGAACAAAGCUGGAGGAGGGCGAAUACGAGACGCGGGACGACUUUGCACACGACGUGCGGUUGGUCUUUGCGAAUUGCUAUACGUACAACCCCCCGGGCUCGGACGUGGUUAAGAUGGCCAAAUCUACCAGUGAAGUUUUUGAGCUGCAAUGGGCUGCUUUGGAUGCCCCGGCCCCAGCAACUCCGGCUCCAACCUCGGCCAAAUCGUCUUCUAAGCCUGCGCCUAAAAAACCCGCGAAAAAGCGAGCCAAGGCUCCUCCCAAAAAGGCUCCUCCCAAGUCGACGCCCGCGCCUGCACCUGCACCAGCGACAACCGCUGUUCCCACCACCCUGCAUCAUCAUGACGAUGACGACGAAGAUGGUCAUUCAAGCGGUGACGAGGCUCAGUUGCCCAUGACCUGGGACGAAAAGAAGAUUUUGAGCCAAAACAUCAACUUGUUACCAUCUGAUUGCGUACCGGAGAUUGUUAACAUCGUCCAAUCGCAUGAGCCCAAUGUUGGCGGGGACGCAAAUGAUGAGUUUGAGCUUGACUUUGAUAAGCUGUCUACACGCACGUUGCGAGCUUUGGAUCGCUACGUCCGCAGCAACCUGCCUGCCUCAGGUUAG